AUGGACACACCUUUCAUGCCCAUGGGAGUCUUUGGAAUUCUAAGAAAAGCACUCAAAAUUUCAUCCAAAAAUGGAGUCUUUGGAAUUCUAAGAGAAGCACUCAAAAUUCCAUCCAAAAAUGGAAAGCUCUUCCUUUCCAUUACCCUUCUCCUUCUCAUCCCAUCCUCUCUUCUAUACCUAGCCAAAGACUUCGCAAUCAAGCCGUUGGUAACGGAUAUAUCGGCAAAAUCAUUCAUGUUGCAAGACAAUGAUCCCCAACGGCCCGCAUAUGCCAAAUUGAUGGAUGCAAUUAAUAAGGACGCUGGAUUUCUUGCUGCUGGGGAGAUUAUCUUCUUAGUGAUAUCUUCUAUGGUGUCACUCUUUGCAAUUACAGCCACAAUUUCUGCCUCAGCCAUGGCUUACUAUCGCAAGGAUCUAACACGCAACGAGUUGUUCCUAAGGAUCGGAAGGACAUGGAAGCGGCCUGUGAUCACAUGGUUGUACAUAAUCCUCUUCAGUUUGGGUUAUCUUCUUUUGUUCUUGAUACUAAUAGGCAUGCUUGCAAUGUUUUCUACGGGACGUCCUAUUGCAUUUAUUUGUCUAGUAUCAGUUCUAGCUAUUUUGUUUCUUUGUUUUUAUGGUUAUUUCAAUGUGAUUUGCAACUUGGGUAUUGUAAUUUCGGUCAUCGAAGAGAGUAAUUAUGGGAUAGGAGCACUUGCGAAAGCUGCAGAGCUGAUCAAAGGAAGAAAGCGGCAAGGUUAUAUUAUCUACGUUCUUUUUAAACUAGUUGGGUCAGCCAUAUAUUGGGUUCUCGGGUCAGCCAUGCAGGGUAUGCACCUAACCCAUGCGAGCCCUCUUGUUCUGGUGAAUAUUGGAUCCCUUGAGACCAUACUCUUAUUUAUGGUUUUUACUAUGUUUUACAUUGAGUGUAAGAAAAGCCAUGGAGAGAAAGUUGAGAUAGAAGGGGAGAGUGGGUAUAGUUUGGUUCCCACCAUUCCUCUUGUUGAUGUCUCUCUUCCUUGA